AUGGUCGCGUCCUCGAUCCCGUUCCGGGGCAUCUUCGUGCGGAAGAAGACCGUCAUGGCGAUCAGCGCGAGGAUAAACAGCUGCGAUGUAAGGAAGUGGAGGCGGUCGAGUUUAGUUAGAUGCCCAGAGCGACCGAGUCCGUGGCUGAUGUCUGCGUGUCACUGCCGGCGCAGCGGCGGGGGAUGGGAGGACGCGCUCUCACCUGGACGACUUUGAAGAUGUAGACGAAGGAGUUCCUCUUCAUGAGGAGCCACUCCCUCUCGACGGAGGCCUUGACCAGCUCCAUCUUGCUGAUGCCGUACCUUGACGUGGUCAACGCCGCGGGGUGGUUGCGGCUGCGGUCGAAGGGGGUGCUGAGCUCCUCAUACACCUUGGCGCCGAUGUGGAAGGACUUGAAGGCCUCCGAGAACUCGUUGACCGGAAUGAACCGGUAGGGCUCGUCCUCUCGUACCCAGUACUGCUGCUGAUCCUUCCUCGACGUAACCUGCGACGAAAUUCCGGGGUCAGCGCCAUCUCAGUGGAGGGUAGUAGUAGCAGCCGGGGUUUCUGCCGGGCAGUUGGCUCACCUCCUGCAGGAAGUCGGCGACGCCCUUCCUCUCCGGGCACCUGAAGCCCAUGGACUCGAAGAAUUCCAGCACGUUCUCACGGGGGCCCUGGUAGACGAUCUGGCCGUCGGAGAGGAGGAGGAUGUCGUCGAAGAGGUCGUAGGUCUCCGGUGCGGGCUGGAGUAGGGCGAUGAGCGCCGUGCCGCCGAGGAUGUGCACCGACUGCCGCAGGGAGUUGACGAUUUGGAAGGUGGUGGAGCUGUCCAGCCCGGUGGAGAUCUCGUCCAUGAACAGCGCCUUCGACGGCCCCACGAGCAUCUCCCCGGUGGUCACACGCUUCUUCUGGCCACCGGAGAUCCCCCGGAUCAUCGCGUCUCCGACCAUGGUGUCCGCGCAUAUGUCCAGACCCAGGAUCUACGAUAAAGAAGCAACAGAUUGAUUCAGCGGUCGAUCGAUGAAUCAGUGGAAUUGCCACCGGCGAAGGAAGCAAGGGAGCAACAGAUUUGACUGCAUGUCGCCAUGAAAUUUAUUGCGCCAUUCGUCCCUACCUUGAGGAUGUAGUCUGUGACCACGCUCUCCUGGCCCUCCACGGCGACGGCCUGUUCAGAAAGGAACGAGCGAGCAAGAUGAAGUCAGUUCAGUCACGAGACGACGUCUUUCUUUCUUUCUUUCUUCUGCCUGUCUGUCAGUCGGAGAGCGGCUACUGCGCGCCUUUAGUGUACACAUCGGCCAUGACUUCUGGGCUCACCUUCAUGUACACGUCCACGUCGGGGUCUGGCUUGAUGUUGGCCUCCUUCUCUCUCCUCGACAGCUCCGUCAGCAUCUCUGCGAAGAAACACGCAGAGGGGAAAGGAAGGUGAGCAUCAUCUGGUCACGGGGGCUGUCCAGGCUAGUGUACCUUAGAUCGUUGACCUACCGUAUCGGGUGCCCACGCCUUGGCAUCUGGCGGAGAAAGCCAGAGUCUCUCUCACGGUCAUCUCCCCUAUGUGGACGUCGUGCUGGCUGAUGUAGGCGGAGGUCCUCUGGGGGACGAACUCGUGCAUCCCGUGGCCGUUGUAGGUGACGUUCCCAGUUACCUGUUGGGUUUCGUGAACGAGAAGAAGAGAUGAUUAUCAAUCUCCGGAAUUCGAGAGAAUCACCUGCUUUUACAGAUCUUUUUCCGUUCUGGGAGGAUGAAAAAGCAGAGUUCUUUGUUAAAUACCUUCAGGGUGUUGUCGAGCUUUCCUGCGAGGGCCAGCAGCAGAGUCGUCUUACCGGCUCCCGGGGGGCCGAGAAGCAGAGUCAUCCUGCGCAGUUAAGCAGAAAUAUGAUUCAUCAGCGAGUGAUUUCUUUGCCGGCGGCGAGAAGACCGGGAGAGAAACUACUAAGGCUGCUGAUCUGAAACGGCGCCUGGGGAUCGACUCUGACUUUACCUGCAGGGCUUGAUUAUUCCGCUGACGUCGUGGAGGAUCGAGAUGGGCCUCUUCCCGCUCGGCACCAGAUGAAGAGCACUGAGCAUCCACUGAAUCCAGAACAAAAAAAAUAGUUUUUUUCUCGUGAGAUCCUCGCAAGCGAGCCGGCGAAGGAGAGAGAUCGCCUCCCAGAAAACCCGAGGACGGAGCAGAGGAGAGACCGUACCAUGGCUUUGUUGACGAAGAAAUUGAUAAGUGUGGGGACACCUCGGUUUCCGACGAAGGCCUCCGCGUCGAUGUUCAGAUGCUCGAACCGGACUUCGAUCGUGGGGUUGUCAAUCCCAACACUGGCGGCGGUAAGAAAGGGAAAAAAGAAAAAAAUGGUAAGAAUCUCGUUACGAUCAGGAACUGGGUGGGGGGAGAGAGGUCGAAGGGCUGCGGUGCUCGAGGAGGUCCAAGGGUAAGAAAAAAUCGGUACUCACCGCUCCAUACGGUUGCGGAGCUUGAGGAGGAACUUCUCGUUGUCCUCCUCGGCGUUCCUGACGAGCUUCUCCAGCAGGUUCUUCCUCUCCUGGAAGCCCAGGCCCUGGAUCUCCACCUCCUGGAUCUCCCCGCCGUCGCCGGUCAUGAUCCCCUUCCUCAGCCUGUCGUAGGUGGGGAGCUUCUCGAGGGCCGCCCAUUUCAGGGCCUCCUCGUCGUCUUCCUCCCGACUGGACCGCCCGAAGACGUCGCUCGUGCUCGGCGAACGCCACGCCGACACACUCCGCCGGAGACUCCCCUGGAGACUCCCCUGGAGACUCCCCCGGAGGCUCCCGCCUCGGUACCCGGCGAUCUCCAUCUCAGAUCUCCCUCAACUCUCCAAUUUCUCUCUUCGAUCGGGAAAUUGA